AUUAAAUUGCAUGUAUUUAAAAUUAACAUUGCCUUUAUUUAAUUUUUACUUCAUCACCAUCUUAGGCCUCAGCCCAGAGUGGGCCUUAGCCUGGUCCAGUAUGUUUCUCCAGACUGCUCUGUUCAGGGCUUUCUCCUUCCAGUUCCUGACACCGAUAACUUUGAGGUCGUGCUCUACGCCAUCUAACCAUCGGAGUUUGGGCCUGCCACGACUUCUGCGGCCCUCUGGUUUGCCAUAUAGUAGUUAUUUAAUUUGUACGUUCUAUACAAUUAUGUGGACAUUUUAGACUCGUGGGGUAUAGACUGUUGGCCGCUUUUUGGGAAUUCCUUCAAUACCAAUUUAUAAUUAUUUAUGAAAGAAAAACAAUUUUGUCGCUGGAACCUUUACGAUGAAUAUUGGCUUUGUUUUAAAAAUAGCCUUUAAGGAUAAUAUAACACCAGCUUAUAAGAAAGCUAAUAACUUUAGUAUGACAAUUGUGUUAAAACAUAAUCUACGGCCUUACCUGGCACAUGCCCAGGUGCAAAACAAAUUUGCUUAUGAUCGUUUUGUGAAGUUGUUUUUUCUAGAUAAUAGACCGAAUAUAGUAUGAACAUUUAAAAAAAACCCACCAAAUCUGACCCAAUUUUUGGCAGCAAAAAAGUUAACAAAUUACAGAAUUUUGCGGUUGUGUUUGAUUUACCUAAAACAAUUUGUGUAAGUUGACUAUUAUGCUGUUGCGUUUGUCGACUGGGUUGCAUUUAACUAGGUUUUGAUGUUGCAUCUGAACUUACCUUUGUCAUCUACCCAAUAAACGCAAUGUACCCAGUGCUUAGCUACCUCUAAAGGGUUCUGUAGGUCUGUACAGCAUAUAUGUAGAGCUGUCACAACUGUAAGUAUAUUAAGUAUAUAUUAGAUUAACAUUACGUUAACAUAUUCUGAACACCAGCAGCCUCUGCGCCUGGCAUAACUUUUCAAAUAAAAUCUCAAACAACAUGCGUUCACUUGUUUCGUCUGUUUGUGUCUUAUUACUACUACAGGGCAGACAAAGGUUCAGUGAUUAACGUAAUUAUAUUAUAUAUGCAAUACACAUCUUCCGAUUUCGAGUUUAAAGAAAAAAAACAAAACACGUUUUCUUCAAGGAUCGCGUCAACAGAAUGAUAUAAUGGUAGCCUUCUCCGUAAUUUUAGAAUACUGUAAAAUGUACUUUAUGUGUAUAUUAAUUAAAAAUAUACACCGUACGCUAAAUAAUGAUUUUAUAUAAGUAUUGUAUUAAAUCAGCGUAAAAUUUAACAGAUAGUGUCAGGAACUUGUCGAAAGUUUGUAUGUACAAGUAAAAAAAUUGUUUGUUCUAGGUUUGAAAGGAAUGUUCUUCAGUCUAAUGUUUGCUGGGGACGUUUUUUCUUACUUUUUGUUUAGUGAAUCUGCGAUUUCUGCGUUUAGUUGAAUAUUGGUUAAAACCGAAAUAUGUAUGUAGUUUAGGAGUGGUCCCGGACAGCGCGCUCGACUCACGUAUUAUCCCGCUCGCGUCUGUGGACGGACGAGUUGGAUCUGAUUCAGUCGCCCUCCGGCACUCGCUCUCGUCAGCUCGCUUCGAAGCGUUACAGUGCGAGGCCGAAGAUUUUGCUCCUUUCGUAAACUUAGUCACAAUGAGGCUUUGUAACUUUUUCAAGUUCCUCUUGAUUUUUAAUUUAUUUUCACUUAUUUUAAGUGUGAAAUUUUGCCCCCAAAAAUGCCAGUGUCUCCGCAGCAAGGUGGGAUGUCUACACCAAGAUCUGCUGUCUAUUCCUAAAACCCCGGCCGAUACGCACACUCUGGACGUUCGUUUUAAUUUGAUUCAAGAGAUCGAGCCUGGUGUGUUCAAUCAUCUGCAUCAACUACGGUCACUACUCCUGAACGACAAUCAUCUGCGAGCACUGCGCUCUGGAGCAUUCCAUGGACUACGACGCCUCAAGUACUUGUAUCUAUAUCGCAAUCGCAUAAAACACAUCGACUCUGAUGUUUUCCAGGAUCUAAAGCAUUUGGAACAGCUAUAUCUGCACGUGAAUGAAAUACAUCACAUUGAACCAGAAACUUUCUCGAAUCUUCCGCGUCUGGACCGACUGUAUUUACAUAAUAACAAAUUGAAGAGUAUUCCAUAUGGCUCAUUUCAAGGAAUGCCAAAGUUAAGGAAACUCCGUUUAGAUAGUAAUGCAUUGAUCUGCGAUUGUUCUAUACUAUGGUUCAUCCGUAUGCUGGAGAAUAACGAAUGGAUGCAUGUGGCGGCAACUUGUUACCAACCAGCCUCCGUCACUGGAACCUCCCUAGCCGCUAUGAAGCACCAUGACCUUCCUUGCCAACAACCUCAAUUCGAAUCCGAACCAAACGAUGUUGAAGUGAGUUUUGGAGAAAAUGCAGUUUUCACAUGUGUGGCGACUGGUGAACCAGCACCUGAAAUUCUUUGGCUUCGUGAUUCAGAAGUUAUUCCAUUAAAUGAAAAUCGAUACGAAAUUUUCGACAACGGAACGCUUAUGGUUCAUGAAGCUAAUGAAAACGAUGAUGGCUUGUUUGAAUGCAUGGCAAAAAAUGUGGCAGGAAAAGCUCAUUCUAAACCGGCAAAAAUGAUUGUACGAAGAAAAGCGGAAGAACAUAAAAGUCCCGCUCCUCCGGUAUUCGUUUCGACGCCACAAAAACGAUUCGCCAAAAUUAAUGAAACUUCGGUGAUGUUUGAUUGCACUGCUACUGGAUUUCCCAAGCCGCAUGUGGCCUGGUAUUUUAACGGAGAAAGAAUGUUAUUAAACGAGCGCAUAAUUUUACAACAUAAUGGAUCUAUUCUUAUCAAAAAUGUUCAAAAUUCAGAUGCGGGUGUUUACACAUGUCAAGUUGAAAACAUACAUGGAAAAAUAUCUGCAUCUGUUCCAUUAGAGGUUACUGCUCCGCCAUCUUUUAUAGUGGUUCCCACGAAUCAGACAGCUAUUAUCGGAGAUAACGUUUGGUUUACGUGUAAAGCGAAGGGAACUCCAAAACCUUCGAUUAAAUGGUAUAGAAAUACGGUAAUAUUACCUAUAACUGAAAAUAUUGUGCUGAGUGAUGAUAAUCAAAAUUUAACUUUAUUGGAAGUGACUAGAGAUGAUGAUGCUAUAUAUCACUGCAGAGCAGAAAAUGAUGGAGGUAUGAUUGAAGCAUCUGCUGUUCUAACACUCGAACAGGUAGAAAUCAUUCCUCCUCGUAUCGUUUUGAAGCCAGAAGAUAUGGAUGCAUUUAAAGAAACUUCAGUGCAAAUGCCUUGCGAAAUCGAAAGUGUGCCACCUGCUUCGAUUGAUUGGAGGAAAGAUGGUUCAAGAAUCGUAGAAGAUGAUAGAAUUUCGAUAACAGUGAUUGGUAGCCUCAUAAUAAGAAACGUCUCCGUAACCGAUACUGGUCGAUAUGAAUGUUCAGCUUUUAAUGAUUAUGGUCGUGAUACAGCAUCCGUUUUUCUUACUGUUAAGGACAACCUUUUACCAGGGGACGCGUACGUAAACAUAGCUUUGACACAAGCUAUGCGGGACGUAGACCAAGCCAUUGAAAGAACAGUUGACCAAUUAUUUAAAAAUCGAAGUGCCGUAGUUAAUAUCGGCGAUCUUUAUAGAAUGACCAGGUUCCCUAAUGCACCCGAACGUGAAGUAGCAAGAGCAGCAGAAAUUUAUGAAAGGACUUUAGAUAAAUUAAAAGAAUAUAUACAGAGCGGAAAGAAGUUAAGUACAGCUGAACCAUUUAAUUAUCAAAGCGUACUAUCAAACCAACACCUCGAAGUAAUUGCAAGACUAUCUGGAUGUGUGGCCCACAGAGAAGAAAAAGACUGCUCUGACAUGUGUUACCAUAGUAAAUACCGUUCACUUGAUGGCAGUUGUAACAACUUUGCACAUCCUAUGUGGGGUACAUCACUUUCAGGAUUCAGAAGAAUUCUUUAUCCUAUUUACGAAAACGGUUUUAGCCAACCAAUUGGGUGGAAUAAAGAUUUAAAAUAUAACGGUUUUACAUUACCAAGUGCACGAUUGAUAUCUACUGCUAUUAUAACGACUACCGAAAUAACACAGGAUAUAGAAAUAACGCAUAUGACUAUGCAAUGGGGACAGUGGUUAGAUCAUGAUUUGGAUCACGCAUUACCCCCUGUAAGUUCUCAAACUUGGGAUGGUGUUGAUUGUAAGAAAACUUGCGACUAUGCUCCUCCUUGUUUUCCGAUUGAUGUACCCUUAAACGAUCCUAGAGUGAAUAAUCGGCGAUGCAUUGAUUUUAUAAGAACGAGCUCUGUUUGUGGUUCAGGAACAACUUCUGUUCUUUUCGGUACUUUGCAAACAAGAGAACAGAUUAAUCAACUUACUUCUUUUCUUGACGCUUCACAAGUGUACGGUUUUGAAAAAUCAGUGGCAGAAGACCUUCGUGAUCUAACCAAUGAUAAUGGAUUACUCAGAGUCGGUGCCACAUUUCCUGGUAGAAAACCGUUACUACCAACAUCAGGCUUAAACGGAAUGGACUGUCGACGUAAUUUAGAAGAGAGCACGCGAAGUUGUUUUGUGGCUGGUGAUAUUAGAGCAAAUGAGCAAAUUGGUCUAGCAGCUAUGCACACCAUUUGGAUGCGAGAGCACAAUCGUAUAGCCCUUCAAUUAAAAGCCUUGAAUCCAUUUUGGGAUGGCGACAGAGUUUACCAAGAAGCAAGAAAAGUUGUGGGUGCUCAAAUGCAAUUUAUCACUUAUGAACAUUGGCUGCCUAUCAUAUUAGGUCCGGAAGGAUAUGAUCAAUUGGGAAAAUAUAAACAAUACGAUAAUCGUCUUAAUCCAUCAAUAUCUAAUGUUUUUGCCACAGCUGCUCUUCGCUUUGGACAUUCUUUGAUCAAUCCUGUACUUCAUCGGUAUGACGAAAACUUUGAAACUAUACCCCAGGGUCACUUAUUGCUUCGUAAUGCAUUUUUUUCACCAUGGAGAUUAGUUGACGAAGGUGGAGUAGACCCUUUGCUGCGAGGAAUGUUUACAACACCAGCAAAAUUGAAAACAUCUAAACAAAAUCUUAAUUCAGAACUGACGGAAAAGCUAUUCUACAGCGCACAUGCUGUAGCUCUUGAUUUAGCUGCCAUUAAUAUACAAAGGGGCCGAGACCACGCUAUACCUCCAUACACUAAGUGGCGUCAGUUUUGUAAUAUGAGUGAAGUUAACGACUUUGACGAUUUGUCUGGUGAAAUAAGCGAUAAAGAAGUAAGGGACAAAUUACAGGAGCUUUACGGAUCAGUUCACAAUAUAGAUGUUUGGGUAGGAGGAAUUUUAGAAGAUCAGGUUGAAGGUGGCAAAGUCGGUCCCUUAUUUAGAUGUUUAUUAAUGGAGCAAUUUGUUCGUUUACGCGAUGGCGAUCGAUUUUGGUAUGAAAACCCAAGCGUGUUUAAACCCGAUCAACUUCGACAGAUAAAGGAAACAAGUCUAGCUCGAAUCUUGUGUGACAAUGGCGAUAAUAUUGAUACAAUUAGCGAAAACGUAUUUUACUUACCGGAAGUACAAGAUGGGCUUGUAUCUUGUGAAGAUUUGCCAUCAAUGGAUCUUCGUUUCUGGGCUGACUGUGAAUCUUGUAAUUUUGAUCUUGAUACAGAGAGAGAGAAGCGGCGAGCUCGAAGAGAUGUUGAUUCCAAUAUUACAAACGGCCGCUUUAAUAAAUUGGAACAUUUACAAAAUGAUUUAGUACAUACCAUUGAGAUGCUUAAGAAAAGAAUCGAAAUACUCGAAGCUACCUGUAAAGCGAACGAUACUCUUUCUUUCAGUAAUGAAUUUCCAUUCGAGGAAGAGUAAAUUAGUCAUGUAUUCUACUUACAUAUUGUACUUCUGAUGUUUCAACAUUCGAACUACAUUAAUUAAUUAUUACUACAUAAAGUUUUUCAAAAUAGUUCUAAGGAUCUAUGAUAUUGUCAAACAGUAGCCAUUUAUUAAGUGCACAUGCACUUUGUAAUGAGCCUAUUAUUAAUACAUGUGUUAAUGUUUAGUUUAAUAACAAUACUAUAUUCAAAAAUAAAAAUAUUGAUAAUAAGCUUAUGAGUCUAGUCCA